AUGGUGUCAGUCAUACCAGUGAAGGAGAAGAAGCUCAUCGACGAUGUCAAAAUAGGAGAGCUGCCAAGCUGGAUACUGAUGUGGGAUUUUACUCCUAAAGGCAUUGCUGGAAUGUUUCAAAGGGAACAUGAGCAGCUACACAAGUACCACUGA